AUAAGAAAAAAUCCCAACUGCCCAGCUAUAGGCAAGGGAGAAGAUGCCAUCACCCCGAGAAAAAAUCUAAGUCCUGGUCAGCCAACUUUUUGGUCUUGAAGAGAGGGGGGAAGGCAAAGCAAGAUAGACACAGAGAGAGAGAGAGGCCAGCAAAACUCUCAUGGGAUCAUCUAUCCCCUCCCAUUUCUUGGUCAACCUCAACCAAAAAGGAGCCUGACAUAAACAACCAUGCCUAAGCAGAAUGCCCUGGCUAUAGGGAUUGACCUCGGCACCACCUACUCCUGUGUGGCUGUCUGCCAGCACGACAAAGUGGAGAUUAUCGCCAACGACCAAGGGAACCGCACAACACCCAGCUAUGUGGCCUUCACCAGCAGCGAACACCUGGUUGGGGACCCAGCGAAGAGCCAGGCCUCUCUCAACCCCCAGAACACAGUGUUCGACGCCAAGCGGUUGAUUGGCAGGAAAUAUGAGGACGCCACAGUCCAGGAGGACAUCAAGCACUGGCCUUUCACCGUGGUCAACCACGAGGGCAAGCUCAAGGUCCAGGUGUCCCACAAGGGGAAGCAGCGGACCUUCUACCCUGAGGAGAUCUCAGCCAUGGUGUUGGUCAAGAUGAAGCAGACAGCCGAGGCCUACCUAGGUUGUUCCAUCUCCCAAGCCAUUGUCACAGUGCCGGCCUACUUCAACGAUGCCCAGCGGCAGGCCACCAUUGACGCCGGGGCCAUCGCCGGCCUCCAGAUCCUGAAGAUUAUCAAUGAGCCCACGGCCGCCGCUAUCGCCUAUGGCCUCGAUGUGAGGAACCAGGAGGCAGGUUGCCGGAACAUCCUCAUUUUCGACCUGGGCGGGGGCACCUUUGACAUCUCCAUCCUCUCUGCUGAGGACGGCAUCUUUGAGGUGAAAGCCACGUCGGGGGACACUCAUUUGGGCGGUGAGGACUUCGACAAGAGGUUGGUGGGCUACCUUGCGGAGGAGUUCCGGAAGAAGUACAAGAAGGAUGUCCGCCAGGACAAAAAGGCCAUGCAGAGGUUGAAAAUUGCGGCCGAACGUGCCAAGUGCACACUGAGUUCCUGCAGCAAUGCCAGCGUCUCCAUCGACUCCCUCUACCAAGGGAUCGACUUCCACACGGCCAUCACGAGGGCACGUUUCGAGGACCUGUGUUCUGACCUCUUCCGGGCCACCCUGAAGCCCUUGGAGAGGGCUCUGAAAGACGCCAAGAUGAGCAAGGGCGACAUCAAGGACAUCGUGUUGGUCGGGGGCUCCACCCGCAUCCCCAAGAUCCAGAAGAUGCUGAAGGACUUCUUCAACGGGAAGGAACUAUGCAAGGGCAUCAACCCCGAUGAAGCAGUGGCUUACGGAGCAGCCAUCCAGGCCGCUGUCUUAACAGGCAACCGGACCCCGAAGAUGCAGAAUGUGUUCCUCCUGGAUGUCACCCCUUUGUCUCUGGGGAUCAACACCCAAGGCGGGGUCAUGGCGACGAUCAUCAAGCGCAACUCGCCUGUCCCCACGAAGGAAACGAUGGAGUUUACCACCACGGAGGACGACCAAGACACCAUCUUCUUCAUGGUGUACGAAGGGGAGAGAGCCCUGACCAAGCACAACCACCUCUUGGGCACGUUCACCUUGAAAGGCAUCCCUCCAGCCCCCUGCGGGGUCCCCGUCAUCGUCGUCACCUUCUCCAUCGACGAGAACAACAUCCUGACCGUCUCCGCCAAGGAUGUGGAGACGGGGAACACCAGCCACCUCACCAUCUCGGACACUCAGGGCCGUCUUGGCAAAGAGGAGAUCGAGAAGAUCAUUCAGACGGCGGAAGAGUUCAGGGUGAGCGACGUUUCCCAGAAGGAGAAGAUUGAGGCCAUGAACUCCUUGGAGUCCUGCACCCUCGAACUGAAGAGGGUGGCUGAGGAGCAGGUGCUGGAUGUGAAGGCCAAGAGGAGGAUGUUGGAGAUGUGCAACAGCACCACCUCCUGGCUUGAGGGCAACCCUUUGGCCGAGAAGGUGGAGUGUGAGCAGCGUCAGAAGGACCUGGAAGAAGCGUGGGAUUCGAUCUGCACCUCCCUCACCCAGAGCGAGAGAACAGGAGGGACAUCUGGGGAGGACCAGAACGUGGCAGUGGAGAAGAAUAAUGAGGACCCCAGUGAUGGGAUGGAAUGAAAUCGCCGAAACUGCCAGAGGGCAUUGUUCCACCUAGAGGGCACAUUAAAAAAAAAAUAAGGGUUGAAAGGAAAGG